AUGGCCGCCGGCUCUGGCCCCGCCCCGCCCGCGGAAGCGCAGCCCCCGCCGCCGAUCCACCACCUGCCGCCGGACGCGCUCCACAACGUGCUGCUCCGCCUGCAACUGCGCGACGCCGUCGUGUGCCGCCCCGUCUUGCGCCUCUUCCACGAGACCCUCUCGCCGCAGCUCCUCGCGCUGCUCCCCACCCUGUGCCUCCUCCUCCUCCGCCACCCGCGCCCCGACGGCGGCGGCUGCAGGCAGAGGAGACAAGGGAGCUACGGACGGUAUGUUCACAACAAUAUUUUCUUUAGUUUUGCUGUCGACUCUGACUUUGAAGACAUUUCAAAGGACCACAAGCUAGAUUGCCAAAAUGGGUCUAGCAGAAGCACCAAGGUUUCCUCCCCAGAUGUGAUCACUAAGCCAGAUGCAAACCAUGGCAAAUCUGCUGAGGUAGUUGAUUCAAAAUCUGAAGAGGCACAACUCGCAGAUAGAGAGCAGGCGACAUAUGCUUCUGCAAACAAUGACUUAAAAGGAACUAAGGCUUAUCAAGAAGCUGAUGUUUCUGGCCUUCACAAUCUUGCGAUGGCAAUAGUUGAUUACAGAGGUCACAUGGUUGUAGCUCAGAGUAUAAUACCUGGUAUUCUUCAAGGAGACAAGUCUGAUUCCCUUCUGUAUGGUUCUGUUGAUAAUGGCAAGAAGAUAUCUUGGAACGAAACGUUCCAUUCUAAGGUUGUUGAGGCUGCAAAGCAGCUCCAUUUGAAGGAACAUGUGGUAUUGGAUGGUUCUGGCAAUCCUGUAAAAUUAGCUGCUACAGUCGAAUGCAAGGGUAUUGUUGGGAGUGAUGACAGGUAAUUUGAUUCUUGAAGU